AUGACAAAUAAAGGAUGUAAUAACGCAAUUUGUGAACGUCAGAGAGCAAGCUGUAAACGUCAGAGAGCAAGCAGAGAGCAAGGUGUAAACGUCAGAGAGCAAGGUGUAAACGUCAGGGAGCAAGGUGUACACGUCAGAGCGCAAGAUGUAAAUGUCAGAGAGCAAGGUGUAAACGUCAGAGAGCAAGGUGUACACGUCAGGGAGCAAGUUGUAAACGUCAGAGAGCAAGGUGUAAACGUCAGAGAGCAAGAUGUAAACGUCAGAAAGCAAGGUGUAAAUGUCAGAGAGCAAGAUGUAAACGUCAGAGAGCAUGGUGUAAAUGUCAGAAAGCAAGGUGUAAACUUCAGAGAGCAAGAUGUAAAUGUCAGAAAGCAAGGUGUAAACGUCAGAGAGCAAGAUGUAAAUGUUAGAAAGCAAUAUGUAAAUGUCAGAGAGCAAGGUGUAAAUAUCAGAGAGCAAGAUGUAAAUGUCAGAAAGCAAGGUGUAAAUGUCAGAGAGCAAGGUGUAAAUGAUAGAGAACAAGGUGUAAACGUUAGAGAGCAAGAUGUAAACGUCAGAAAGCAAGGUGUAAAUGCCAGAGAGCAAGGUGUAAAUGUCAGAGAGCAAGGUGUACACGUCAGAGAGCAAGGUGUAAACGUCAGAGAGCAAGGUGUAAACGUCAGAGAGCAAGAUGUAAACGUCAGAAAGCAAGGUGUUAAUGUCAGAGAGCAAGAUGUAAACGUCAGAGAGCAAGGUGUAAAUGUCAGAAAGCAAGGUGUAAACGUCAGAGAGCAAGAUGUAAAUGUCAGAAAGCAAGGUGUAAACGUCAGAGAGCAAGUUGUAAAUGUCAGAAAGCAAGAUGUAAAUGUCAGAGAGCAAGGUGUAAAUGUCAGAGAGCAAGGUGUAAACGUGGGAGAGCAAGAUUUAAACGUCAGAAAGCAAGGUGUAAAUGUCAGAGAGCAAGAUGUAAACGUGAAAGAGCAAGAUGUAAAUCUCAGAAAGCAAGAUGUAAAUGUCACAGAGCAAGGUGUAAAUGUCAGAAAGCAAGAUGUAAAUGUCACAGAGCAAGCUGUUAAUAUCAGAGAGCAAUGUGUAAAUGUCAGAAAGCAAGAUGUAAACGUCGAAGAGCAAGAUGUAAAUGUCAGAAAGCAAGAUGUAAAUGUCAGAGAGCAAGAUGUUAAUGUCAGAAGGCAAUAUGUAAACGUCAAAGAGCAGGAUGUAAAUGUCAGAAAGCAAGAUGUUAAUGUCAGAAGGCAAGGUGAAAAUGUCAGAGAGCAAGGUGUAAAUGUCAGAAAGGUAAAUGUCAGAAAGCAAGAUGUAAAUGUCAGAAAGCAAGAUGUAAAUGUCAGAAAGCAAGGUGUUAAUAUCAGAGAGCAAGGUGAAAAUGUCAGAGAGCAAGGUGAGAAUGUCAAAGAGCAAGAUGGUUAUUUUAGAGAGCAAAAAGUAAUUGUCAGAGGACAGGGUGUUAUUGUCAGAGAGCAAGAUGUAAAUAUCAAAAAGCAAGAUGUAAAUGUCAAAAAGCUAGAUGGUAAUUUUAGAGAGCAAGAUGUUAUUGUCAGAGGACAGGGUGUUAAUGUCAGAUAG